GUUUGUAAUACAAAUUUGGAAGAAGUGAGUGAGAGGAAAAAAAAAAAAGGGGUUUAAUGAACGACAGCGAUUUGGAGGUUCUAGCCUUUGAGCAGCGCAGAGAGCUAAUGGCCGCUAAUGACCUCGAAUCCGAUCUCGAUUUAGCCUAUCGCUUGCAGUUGCAGGAAGCCUUGUCUGCUUCCAUCGCACUUCAACCUUCGUCCUCUUCUUCUCCUCCACAUCCCCCUCCUCCAGUGCCGAGGCAUGCAGAUGAAGGUGUCGCUGACGGUGAUAUCUCUCAUCUCAGGCGAAUCCAAGCUCAAGAACUCGAGAGGUUCCAUCAAGAACGCAAGGAUCGUGAGCGUUGCGAAACUGAGAUGCGUAGGAUUUCUUAUGAACUCAAGCUCCGCGUUCACGACCAUCAGUUCGCUCGUGAGAUCGACCGCAUCCCUGAGGACGAGUGGCAGGAAUAUGGGGACAACGUCGAGAGGCCUAUGGGGGAGGGUUGCUCUAGUCAGGCUCCUGAUCAGCCUUUCAGGUUGUACUUCAAGGGUUUAAUCAGUGAUGAGUGGGUUAACGGUUCCAAGGUUAGGUUGUCGGCCAUUGGAGUUGCCAUCUGCGACCCUUGCGAUGAUGUGAUUCUCCAGAUACAGAAGCCGUUCGCCGGUGAUGGGAUGAAUAAUAGGACCAUAGAUGCCAAAGCUUUGAUCGAAGGUCUCAACGCCGCUCUGUCGUUGGGGAUUAAGAAAAUCGCCUUUUAUUGCGAUUCCUAUACACUCUUCCAAUUCAUUUCUGGGAAAUGGGCUGUAAAGCAGCGCAAGUUGGCUAUGUUGGUUGAUCAGGUGGCUCUUCUUGGAAGGAAAUUCGUGAGUUGCAACCAAAUCCUUGUGGCAAGGAAUGAUGUUAAGUUUGCAUUUAAACUUGCAAGGGAUGCAAUAGAUUCUCAGCUCACAAGGUCCAAGGAGUCUAGACAGGGCAUGAUCCUGACUGAGACCUGUACCAUCUGUUUGGAAGAUACUGAUCAUGUGCAAAUGUUUGCUGUUGAUGGUUGCUUGCACCGCUAUUGCUUUUCUUGCAUGAAACAGCAUGUGGAAGUCAAGUUGCUUCAUGGAAUGGUGCCUGGAUGUCCUCAUGAACGCUGUAAAUCAAAUCUGAACGUAGAUAGUUGUAGAAGAUUCUUGACCCCCAAGUUAGUUGAGACCAUGAGCCAACGCAUAAAGGAGUCUUCAAUUCCUGUAACAGAGAAAAUUUAUUGUCCAUACCCAAAAUGUUCUGCUUUGAUGUCAAAAAGUGAGGUUCUAGAGUAUGCCACUAAUGUAACUGGUGCUAAUCAAACUGGAGCCAGGAAAUGUAUAAAAUGUCAUGGCCUCUUCUGUAUUGAUUGCAAGGUCCCGUGGCAUAGCAACAUGACCUGUUUCAAUUAUAAAAGGUUAAAUCCUUACCCUCGUGCCGAGGAUGCUAAGUUAAAGUUUCUUGCAACACAAAAGCUCUGGCGCCAGUGUGUGAAGUGCAAUCACUUGAUUGAACUAGCUGAAGGUUGCUUCCAUAUGACAUGCAGGUGUGGUUAUGAGUUUUGCUAUACCUGUGGAGCAGAAUGGAAAAACAAGAAACCCACUUGUUCCUGUCCACUAUGGCACGAGCGCAAUAUUAUGUAUGAUGGUGAUUUUGAUGAGGAAGAUGAGUACGACUCUGAUGACUUUUGAGAUAG